CAGUUGUAAAUUCUCCUUCAUCGUGCUUUAAUGUGUUUCACUCAAUGGUUCGCCGUUAUUUUAUCGUGUGAUAUUUCUUAUUGUACUAUUGUACAUUCUCUCAUUAUUCGCUCAUACGCAACAGAAAAUAACCAAUACAAAAAAGAAAAAAACAAACUUUGUUUACAAUUUUACAUGGUUUCCUUUCCUCUCCUGUAGUUGUCUUGCUCAAAGGAACAGACAGGACAGUAGCUGUAUAGCUCCUAUAGCUGAGCAGUGUAGCACGCGUCAUAAAGGAUAUAGAGAGAAAGAGACAUUUUAGCAUUCAGUGUGUGUUUUUUUUUUCUACGGGGAAGUGUAGCUGUAGGGUACAUAGCCAUAUCCUUGUGAAUUAUAUAAUUGCGUUUGGGAUUCGUCCUUCGUGAAUGCAAUAACAACAACAAGACAAGAGUGAGUGUUCGAGUGAAGAGAGAGAGACGAAAUUCCGCAAUAAUCAUUUUAUAGCAUUGUGCCAGGAGCAAAAAUAUACAACGUACAACCAAAAAAAAAUUAUAAACGAAAUUAGGAAGAAUCCUGUGAAGUUCUUCAUCCUCGACGUCGUUGAGUGACGCUGUCAGUGACAAUAUCCUUACAUUUUGUGAUCCUUCGAAUUUAAUUUUACUUAGUGUGCAAAAAAAUAAAAAUUUAUUGCAAUUUAAAUAAAAAUUCAACUUAGAUCCUUUAACUUAACAAAGGACUGAAAUAGAAUAACGGAAACAAAAUAAAAAUAAAACUACUAGAAAACCUUGUUAUCCUUACUGCUGAAUGACGUCAGGAGUAGGUAUAGUGUACCUAUAGAGUGUUUUUAUACUGUGUGUCACCUUUGGUUUAAUAAUUGAUUAGAGGAUUUAGUUUUCCUUCCUGUGUGGCUAAAAUAAAAGUGUCUUGUGUAGUUUUUAUGUGCUCUUAAACAAAAAUCUGUGUGUUCUAGAGUCUCGUUACGUUUUACACUGAGUCCUUUUGACGUUACUUCCUUUUUCCGUCGUGUUUUAUUGACCAACAAGGAAUAAGACAAAAGAAGGAAGAAUUUAUAAAAAAAAGAAACCUAGACAAAAUCAAAUUUAUUAUUCAAAAAGAUAAAGCACAGACCAAUCCAAACUACAACACAAUGAAUCCAACUAAGGGAACAAUCACAAAGCAUCACAGAACAAGAAUACCACAUUCGCCAUCUUCAGCAUCUGAAACAGCAAGGCGCCACCACCAGCAUCACAUUAGCAGCAGCAUGACAUUCCUCCUGCCAGCGAUAGUUACCCUCUUGGGCGCCAUGGCAUUCCAAGGAGCCGAAGCCAGUGGCGUUCUCAUCUACAAGCAGACUUCCUCCCAACUGGGUCAGAAAGUUACAUCGAGUACCCUCAAAUGGGAGCAGUACAGUGCCAAAGAAUUGAACCAAAUGGAAUACGCCAUCCAGGGUGGUAAAUUUGUGUCCGAGGACGAACACUAUCCGAUCUAUGUGUGUCGAGUGAUUAUCGAAGGUGUCCAAACGAGUGGCCACACGGAGAAACAAAAGCAAUCUCAGGUUUGUGUGGUGUCUUAUAUGAAAAUCGUGAAGAACUACGACAAGUUCGAGGUGCUCAUGAAUAAGGGACACUUGGGCAAGAUCAUAUGGCAGCCGUGGACAAAAUUCAAUGCUGGCGUUCCAAUCGGAGCCAUAAGUGUUGAUGAUUACUCUUACAUUGGACGUCGAAGAAUCAAUCAUCAAUCUUUAAAUGACCAUAUGGGAGCUGAUUUCAAUUUGGGACGCUUGGAUCCGACCGUCGGAUUGGGCAAGAUUUCGGUUGUGGAAGAUCAAAAUGAGCGGGAGUACGAUGAUGGAGAAGUGCUGAUUGAAGUCGAACCGAUCCGAUAUGAAUUGAAAGACAUUGUUUUGGAUAAAAUACGAACAGAUGAGCAAAUUAAUACCACAGCAUUGGCACAUGGAAUUCUCAGAAAUACCUAUGAUACAUCUAAUCAAAUCGAAACUGUGCUAUCGUAUUCCUAUGAUCACGCUCAAUAUUGGGGAACUCACGAGGGUACCGCUCGUGGUUUGGCUACAAAAAUCUAUGAAAAAGGCUCAACGACACCAACUGAAAUCAAUUGGAGUUUGAAAUUUACCAAAAAAAUCAAUGAAACCAAAUCGGUUAGUUCGAAUCUACCACCGGGAACAGCAAUCAAUGUCACAUUGUUGGGUGAUUAUGUCACUUUGGAGGCGCCCUAUCGGGCUAAAUUAUUCUCCUUUUAUAAGGGAAGCUCAGAGAGCAGGUCGAGAGAUAUCAAAGCUGAGGUCCGUAAAAGCUAUUUGAAAGACAUCAAACUCGAAUAUAGUGACAUCUAUUGGAUUGAAAAUGGUACAUUUAUCCCAACGACCACAACAACAACAACCUCAACAACAACCCAUCCAUCAACAACAAAACACAGUGAUGCCAAACCAAUGAGCGAACCACCGAUAGUUUUAUUAUCCGAUAUCGGACGAUCAAGUGUCUCGACAUCCGAUUCAAAAUCACCUAAAUCAAAAGGUGCCGGAGGAGAUGAUGAAAUUAAUGAAAAUAUUAUUCCGAACGAAAGUCGUGAAAAUUAUGCUGAAAAUUUAAAACACAUGAAAGAUUCAGCCAGUCCUGGAACAUCACAUUCCACAAGGCUCUAUUGUUGGACCAGUAGUAGUAUUUUAAUUUUACUUAUUUUGUUUACAGUGAGAGUAUUUGGUUAAGAGUGUGGUUAUAAUUAUAAUUGCGCGAAGGGGGAUGUAAAUUUAGUAGUUAUUAUUUAAUAAUAUUAUUAUUAUUAUUUUCUUAUGUUUAUUUUUUUCUUUUUAUACAUAUAAAUUGCCAAAUUUAGUUAAGAGAAUUAAUUUUUUAAGUUAAAAAAAGUCUUUCGUGUAAAUUUAUUAAUAUCAGUUCGUUUUUUUUUAAUAAGAGCUUCAAAAGUGAUCAUGGCGAGUGCUAAUUUUCGACACAAAAAAUAUAGUAUCUAUAAAUAACCUUAGAACCUGUGGAAAUGAAAUUAUGGUGUAGCAAUUUUUCAAGUUAAUAACCUGGAAGUUACAUUGAAUUUAAUUAAUUAAAUACAAAAUGAUUAAUGAUGAUUCUGAAUGAUUUUAUCUGAAUUCUAUCUUAAAAAGAAACACUAAUUAUCAAAAAGUUAUGUUUUUAUGUAAGCAAAAAGUAGUUUAAAUUAAAAAUAAGUAAACUUCUUGGCAACUUUAUGCAAGCUCAUGAAUAUUUUCUUAAGAACUUAUAAAAAUCAAUAAUCUAAGUCUCAAUAUAGCCAGUUAUUGGAAAGCUAGUUCGAUAGUUUCUAUAUCGUUAAAAUAAAAUGGAUUUAAAAUUUACAUGAUUCUAAGAUUUCCUUGAUGUCCAAGUUUACUAUCCCGUAUUUCAAAAAUUCUUUAUGGACAAAUCGUCCCCUCCCUCAGAAACAAAAUGACACAAGUAAAAAUGAGUUUGUUCAAUUAAUCUCACAUUCAAACAAUGUCUUCAACUAAAAUAUAGGGUCCCAAAUAACGAUCCCCAUUGGCUGUAACCGCCACUCCUAGCUCACUUUCGAAGAAAAAUGGCCCAAUUAUGCUACUGGACCAAAAUCCGCCCAAAACACUGACUCGUUUUGGGUGUACCGGCUUUUCAAUAUAUGCGUGCGGGUUUUCUGUGCCCUAAAUGCGAAAAUUUUGCUUGUUUGCCCGCCAAGAUCAAAAUGAGCUUCAUUUGAAUAGGUGCAAAAUCGGCAUCUUCUCUAAGCAGCGUUCCCAUCGUUGUUCAAACGUAUACACAAACAUAUUCGUUCAGCGGAAGGGUAAAACAAACUAUCUGUCAAAUCAGACAUGAGCUAAGUGUUACAAAAGGUCAAAAGUUUACUGUUUUAAUAAAUGGGAUCCGAAAGAAUUCCUAUAAAACUAAAGUAAAAAACGGGAAUAAAAUGUACAUUUAAAAAAUUGUAUCAUGGUAAAAAUGUAAAUAAAAAAUGAUGGUGAUUACAAAUUGAUCCUUACGAAUGGUCUUCUUCUUAAGAUAACAACGUAUGUUCUUUAACUUCAUAGGAAGUAAACUUCUUACGUCUAAUCAGUGUUUGCAAAUUUAUCACUUCGAAACCAUUCACAGUAAAAAUACACUUAAUUCCAGAUAAGCAACAUUUUGUAAUCAAACUUUACCUGUCGUGUUCUUACAUAGGAACACGAAUCUAAGUUUUUUCGUCAAAUGAUCAAAUAUCAGUCUAAAGGCGUUAUCUGUUAACGAUUCAAUUUUCAAGAAAAACCAAACUAGACGAUUCUUAAAUUUGACACAUCUCAAAACUAUUGCUUUCUCCAUUCAAUACUAAAUGGUGUAGCUUCUUGGUUCGACUUUUUACAACUUUUCUACUUUUUCAGAUCCGUGAUGGUUAGUGUGUUGGACUGUCACGUCAGAGAUCUUAGAUUCAAACCCUGCCUGUGCCCUCUAAAGUUUUUUUUUCACACGUACUGCCUCUGGCGAGGAAUCGACAAAUCCUCUAAAAGUAAUUCUUGUCAUGAAAAGAGCUUUCUAAAAUCUACCGUUUCGAAUCGGCUAAAAACUGUAGGUCCCCUUUAUCCUAGACAACAUUGCUCGCACACAUAAAUGGUUAAAAGUUGUAAGUCACUAUGCCCUAGUUCUCAACGGACUGUUGAGCGAUCAAAUUUAUUUUGUUUAGUGUUUCUACUUGGCUCAAUGUCAAUAUAACAAAAUUUGACUAAUCUUUAAGUCUUUCACCUUAAGCUUUUAGUUUGUUUUCUUUUGGUUCUUUUUCCUUUCUGAUAAUAUUCCUUAAUUUCAGUUUCCUUUUGGUUAUCAGAAAAAGAAAAUUGCAGGAUUAUUUUAAUUAUUUCUAAUGUUAUUUAUUUAAUUAAUAUUGAAACACAGCGUCAAACUUUGUGUUGAAGUUUGAACAAUUGGCUAAUCUUCUAAAGCAUUUCUUUAUAUUUUUUAUAUUCUCCAGUUCUUAACUUAAAAAAUACUGCCACCAUCUAAAAUUCCACAAAGUAAAGUAGAUUAAGUUCUGCACAAAUGUAUCAAUAACGUAUAUAUCAAAGUCUAUCCAAGAAACCAAUUAGCUAUUCAAGAAGUGUUUCUCGUCUUCUGGUUGUAAUAAAAAGAACUCCAAAAACUUUUUCAUUUUUUAGAGUUGUAGCUUAGUUUGCAAUUCAAUUUUUUAAAAAACAACAAGAAAAUAAUAAUAACUUAAUCUGUUUCUUUGUGGUUAACCUUGAAUUAUGCAUCGUGACCACUUAAAUCAAAAACCAUUAAACAACAAAUUAAAACAAAAAAAUACUAAUUUAUUAUUCAGUUAACGAAUUUGUGAUCUAACAAUAAAAUGUUUCAAGAACAAAAAAGAAAAAAAGGAAAGAUAUGAAUUGAAAUUUUGUCAAAAAACAAGAAAACUUUUAAGAAUGAGUAAUUUGGAUAUUUUUCUUCUACUUUUAUUUUGUAAGUAAAGAAAAAAUACACACAAGAAUAACAAUGAAUAAUAAUUAAAGAAAAGACAUAAAAGUUGAAACAGAAUCCAUUCCAAGAGGUAAUGUGCCUUAAAAUUUUUUUUUUUUUUUGUACAUUAGGAUAUAGAGAGAAAUAAAAAAGAAAAGAUAACAUAAAAUAAAAAGGAUACAAAAGUUAAAUAAAUAUCUACAUUGUAUUAUGUAUAUUUAACUUAACCAAAGAGAAUGAAUUGAUGCAAUAAUUUUUAUUAAAAACUUAUAUAAUAUUACAACUUUAUGGAUUUGUAUAAAGUAAAGAGAAUAGGUAAGAGAAAAAAAGAGUUAAGAAUGAAAGAAUUUUAAGACAAUGAGUGAAGUUCCUUAGAAACUUAUUCCUGCCAGGUAUAAAAUAAUAAUUUGUAUUUUUAAACAAAAAAUGAUAGUGUUAUGUCAAAAAUUAUUGUGAAAUAUUGUGUACUCCUUGAUUCUAAGAAGAAUUUUUAAAUAUUUAAUUAAAAAAAAAAAUAAGAAAAAUUCAUAUCUUUUCCUGAGUUCUUGUCCUAAUAAUUGGUUUUAGAUAUCGGUUUGGCAUGUUUGUAAAAUUUUGGGAUUUAACUAUGUAUUAACUAUUUGAAAAUACUAAUAGCAGAAAAUUUCUUGAACAAUUUUUUGAUCUUGUAUUUUCCAAUAACAUUAUAUGAGGUACUUUUUUCAAAAUUAAAACUCAACAAGUUAAAUUCAAUGUAAUGGCAAACAUUUUAGCUUAAUUAGCUUAGAAAUUGUAUGGCUUCAAUAUUUAGUAAUAAUAUCUGAACAUACAACGCCAUUUCACUCCAAAUUUUGACUUCUUUUUGGUUCAUAAUCAAAUUUCGUCCGUAGUGCAUCAAAUGUAGGAUUCUAAAUGAUCAUUCGCUCUUGGUUUAUUAUCAUAGCCCAAAGAUUUGAAGGAUCAUACAGAAAUCAGUCCAAAGGUUUCAAGGUCUAUUUUUGAGAUGAAUCGGUAAAUAAACGAUUGUUUCAACACGAUGACACUUCGUAUCGUGUUGUUAGAAGUAUUUCAACUAGAAGUGAUUUUCUAUAGCAUGAAGGUUACAAAAAUUCAUUAAACAUUUGCCAACAGCAUUCUGCGUUCAGGUUAGUUAUAACGUCCUUAAUUUGAAGACAAGAUCACCGAUAACGCUUUUUUCAUUGUAAAAAACUUAUAGAACCGACUUUUUUCGGAAUUUAAUAGAAAUCAGCUACAGAGCUUUAAUUUUUAAAUAAAUCGUUACGGUUUGAAAACGUUGUGUUGAUUCUGAAUACUGAAAAAAAGUCUUACCCGCUUCAUUGUAAAGCAUCUGAUUCUCCAGUUAUCUCCAUUAAAAAUUCUAUACCUCCAAAAAAAACGUAAAAUACCAAAAUAUUUUUUGAAUCCAUUUCAUUCUCCAUCAAAAACAAGCAAAGUUUCCGCUUUAUUAAUAGACCUUUGUGUCUUUAACUAAAAAAGCAUAUUUUUUAGUUCUCAAGCUCGAAAAAUCUUCUACAUUAAUCAGAAGUUCGUAAAAUUAAGGGAAACAAAACUAUUCGUUUAACUUGAAAAAAAAUGUAUGUCGAUUGCAAGAUUAAAGUCAAACAACUAAUCUCUUGUCGAAAACCAAAAUUGUGACAUUCGAACCGCUAGUAAAAGUUAAGUGAUAUGACUUUGACCAACUUAUGUAAUGCAACCCAAAUGUCAAUCUUUCGCAAGUUAUUCUUUAAUAUUUAUUUAAAUAUGAGUUAAGCCCUAACGUUUUUAAUAAGUCAUGGGUUUGAUUUGGCAUUCACAAUAUUAAUAGAAUUUGUUCGAUCUUAAAUAUUAGACGAAUGUGACGAGUUUCAAAAAUAAUCUUACAUGCAAAAUCCCAAUUUUAUUUAAACUAAAGCGGUUUAAGGCCAUUUGCUGAACUUAAGCUUUUGUAUGACAAGUAAGGUGGAAGAAAAAAGAAGAACGUUUAUGUUGAAAAAAAAAAAUAAUUUAGUUUCGUUUCAGCAAAUGUGCCUUAGAAGAGUUUUGGAAAUUGAUUGAAAUAUGAAUAUAUUUUUGAAGUUUUUAUUUCCAGACCCGUAAAAUUUAAUUAGUGACAAAUUCCAAGUCUUACAAGGUGAAAAAAACUUCUCAGGUCCCAAUUUUCAGCAUGUUCUUAAGAAAAUCUAAAUUUUUGAUAAGAAUUAGCUUUCGAAAGGUAGUACAUUUACAAAUUAAUGAAACAUUAACGUUAAUCGUUUUAGAAGAACUCUCUAGUACGCCAGGUACGAACAUACUGAACUUCGUCAAAAGCCUCUAAAUGGCUUGACUACCUGAACACAUAGGUUUUUCUUAUUAGCUUGAGUAGCAAAACUCAUGGGUAUCACAAUGGAUCUGUAAUGAUCUAAGUGUGACGGCAAAGACAUCAACUGUCAGCCCCUCAACCUCGCCUAGCCUAACGUGAAUUAAAAUAUUCAUCGCAAUCAGGAAUGUUUAUGAGGUUCCCAGAAUACGCCUGUUUUCAAAGUUUUUCAAUUAAUAGAAUUAUUGAUUUAAAUUGUCUUCAUUAAGAUGAAUAUCAUCUAUACACUCCCCUCCGAAAAUAACACCUCCUAUCAUCUAUGCUUUCCAUUGUCCGGAACAGAUUAACGAUAAAGGUUAAUUAAUUAUUCUAAAAACUGAUUUGCAUAUCUGUUUUUUUUUUUUGUACACCUUUGCAAAAUUGAAUCCAAACAAUCACAAUAGGUUCACGUAGGAAUCUACUUAACAAGUAACUAUUAUAUUAUUACAAUGUGCAAAUGCGUACAAUUAUUUCAACAUAGUAGCAAAAGUUCCCUAAGUUUUGCCAACAAACCACCACCUGUCAUGCCAAAUAAAAAUCUAAAA